AAGAGAGAUUUUGCAAGUGAAAAUGAGAGCGGGAUAACGGAGCAACAGCAAGCAGCAAAUGAAGCAGCAGCAGCAGCAGAACAGAAAACGGCAGAAGUUCAACCCAGAAGUGAGAGCGUCCCCAGUAAAUUGGAAAUAAAAGUGCUAAGUAAUACUAGGUUACUCUAGUAGCAAUUGGAGCCUCUAAAAAAUAAUAAAACCAAAGUCGGAGCCCCCCCCCCAUUCGGAGGAGGUGUAUGUUCGUGUGCGUGCGUGCGUGUGUGUGUGCGUGUGUGUGCUACGACCUGGGCCUUGCCGUAACUCCAGAAAAUUCCUGCACAUAGUGAGGAGGAAGAGAGCAGAGAAGGGGAGAAGCGGAGUCAGCGACGAAGAAAACUGAAGCCUCGCACAAGGCGCAGGGAAAACCUCGUUAAGAUGGAAAGCAAAACGAGGAAAUGACCGGCAGCAUCAGCAGCAUCAGCGGCAGCAGCAGGUGAACUUGUGGAACUUCUUCGUCAAGGAGCGCCUCCACAACUAAAGAGAUCGCCUUGUCCCUUCACCAACAGACACACACACACACACACACACACACACACACACGUAUACGGAUACGGAUACGGAGAGGACACGCACACAACGAGGAGGCGAAAAUAGCACAGGGGCCCCCUCCAUAGCCCCUCCUGCUAGAACACCUACGCGACCCGAACCGGCUCCCACGCAUCACAGCGAUUAUAAAUAGCUUUAGCUUUGCCGAGUCCAGGACUUGAGGCUGGUUGUACAAUGGUAACAAUGAACUCGGAGGCAGACAAAACACAAGCAACCAAUGCCACUCUGGCCAUGAGCAGCGCCGAAAAACAGCCAGCCGCGGAGAGCACAAGUCCACUUCCAAAAUCCCCACCAGCCACAGCCGCAGCCGCAGCAGUAGCAGUAACAACAGAGUGCAGCGCCCCAGCAGCUGCAUCAUUGCCACCAGUUCCGGUUCCUGCUGCUGCUCCAGCUCCAGCCCCAGCUACAACUCAAACUUCAGUUCCCACUCCUGCCCCCGAAGCACUGGCAAAUGGCAACAGCAAUGCCAACAUUGAGGAGGUGGUGGUGGCAAUUGCCAGCACAGGGGCAGGAGCAACAGUGAACGGUGGAUCAGUGGCAGUGGCAGGAGGGGUGGUCACUUCGGUGGCAGCUGCCACGCCACCCCCCUCGGCCAAGACGGUGAAUGUCCGCGACACCACAACCUCGGCGGGGGUCAGCGGCAGCUCCGCCAGCAAGUCCAGCGGACUGCUGACCGUCAGCAGCAAUCAUCACCAUCAUCAUCAUCAUCAGCAGUCUUCGUCGUCAUCGUCGCAGCAGCAGCAGCAGCAGCAGGCGGCGCCGUCAACGGUGGUCGUGCAGUCGUCGUCGCAGCACCAGCGGAAUAACAAGAACGAAGAUGCACCCAACAUACUCGUAUACAAAAAGAUGGAGGCCAUCAUUGAGAAGAUGCAGGCGGAGUCGACCGGCGUGGCCGUGCGUACUGUGAAGGCGUUCAUGAGCAAGGUGCCAUCGGUGUUUACGGGGGCGGAUCUUGUGGCCUGGAUACUUAAGAAUUUCGAUGUGGAGGACGUGACGGAGGCCCUGCACUUUGCCCACCUGCUGAGCUCGCACGGCUACAUCUUCCCCAUUGACGAUCAUGCGCUGACAGUGAAGAACGACGGCACCUUCUACAGAUUUCAGACUCCCUACUUUUGGCCCUCGAACUGCUGGGAGCCGGAGAACACGGACUAUGCGGUGUACCUCUGCAAGCGCACGAUGCAGAAUAAAACGCGCCUCGAGUUGGCCGACUACGAGGCCGAGAACUUGGCCAAGCUGCAGAAGAUGUUCUCCCGAAAAUGGGAGUUUAUCUUUAUGCAGGCCGAGUCACAGAGCAAAGUGGCCAAGAAGCGGGACAAGCUGGAGCGCAAGGUGCUGGACUCACAGGAACGGGCCUUUUGGGACGUGCACCGCCCCAUGCCGGGUUGCGUGAACACAACGGAGAUCGACAUCAAGAAGGCCUAUCGACGAGGCGGCUCCAGCCAUGGGACUGGCUCCUCUGGCGCCUCCGUGGCCAAGAAUCCCGUCGAACAGCUGUCUCGGAUCAUUGCCCUGCGGAAGCAGAAGCUCGAGCGGCGCACAAUCAAAGUGUCCAAGGCGGCCGAGGCUUUGGUUGCCUACUACGAUCAGUACAAUGAGUUCGAUUACUUUAUAACCUCUCCCGAGCUGCCCAAUCCCUGGCAAACAGACAGCACAGAGAUGUGGGAUACGGAGAAGAAUAGCAAAGAAGUUCCUGUUCGCCGCGUAAAGCGCUGGGCCUUCAGUCUGCGGGAGCUGCUGAACGAUGCCAUCGGACGUGAUCAGUUCACCAAAUUCUUGGAGAAGGAGUACAGCGGAGAGAAUCUAAAGUUUUGGGAAUCGGUGCAAGAGAUGAAGGCAUUGCCGCAGUCGGAGAUCAAGGAGGCCAUACACAAGAUCUGGCAGGAGUUUCUUGCUCCAGACGCCCCGUGCCCGGUGAAUGUUGAUUCAAAGUCCGUGGAGCUGGCCCGGGAGGCUGUCAACUCACCCAACGGCCCCAAUCGUUGGUGCUUCGAUGUGGCCGCUUCGCAUGUUUACCACCUGAUGAAGAGUGACUCGUACUCGCGCUACCUGCGCUCCGACAUGUACAAGGACUACUUGAACUGUUCGCGAAAGAAGAUCAAGUCCAUACCGAAUCUGUUUGGUGUGAAGCGUUGAGUGUGUCACUCCCAGUCACACUCCGUGCUCGGUUUGCCACUCGUGCCGGUUGAGUGAGAUGUUCGAUCGAAUCGGAAUGUGGAGAUGUUUUUCUUAUAGCUGAAAUAGAAGAUGGGAAGCUGGAGUAAAGGGGGAAAGAAACUUGAUGCAUACUCGGAUUCAGGUACUCUGUAUUUGUUUGUGUGUGUCUUUAAACGAUGUUACUUAUUUAUUACUUGCCACUGUGUCGCGUGUUCUCGUUUAUGGAGAUUUUGUAUAAGUAUUUGUUAUACGUAUAAGUUACCUCGACGUGCCCAUCGUGACCUUGAAAGGGGCUUCGUUCUGCUUCCCCUUCAAUAUCCAAGCUCCCUUGCCACUUACUCAUUCCUCCACUCUUUCCCCACAACCUUUAUCACUCUCUCUCUCUCUCUCUCUCUCUCCCCUCCGCUCCACUCCGAUAACCCUACGUGACCCUGUCUCUUUCUUUCUCGACGAAAACACCACUUAAUAUGAAAAAGAAACUGCCAGAGAAUGUUAAAACGCAAAAAAAAAAAAACAAUUUUAAAUCAAAUACGGAAGUGAAGCAAAGCCAACACCAAAAACCGCCGAGACCUUAUUCUCGUUUACAUGAUACGCAUAUAAUUAAAAAUACAAAAACUGUACAAAAAUUAUUCAGUACAUGAGAUUAGUGAAGAAAACUUAGGAGAAAAAGAAACACCAUACCGAAAACCGGAAAACAUCCAGAAACCAGCAACAAGCAAUUGUCAAAUGUAACCGAAAACACCAAAGAAAAAACCAAAGUAGAACUACGAAACACGAAUACGAGCAAAACAUGCAAUCUUAACGUAAAGAAUACAAGAGUAUUAAACCAUAAAACAAAAUACAAAUUAAUUGUCAAACUGUAACCGCAAAAACAAAAAUCAAACAAAUAAUCAGAUAUCGCAGAAGGGGAGCGACAACAUUUAAGCGAGUCUAAGAACUAUAAUCGCAUAAGUAAUUAGCUUAAAAUGGAAAUCAAUCGAAAAUUAACCUUCAACUUGAACAUACUCGUAAAGUUAGCCAAAGAGAGAAGAAACUAGAAUCAACCACAGACAGACACAUGCAGUCAGCUUUCCUUUUCGAGUUCCUUACAAGAACUGUUGCAGGUGGCAUUUUCCGCCGAUGGAUCGGAUUUUCGUGUGAGAUAGUGUGGAAAAUGUACCGUGUGGAGCAGGCAGCAGGCAGCAGGCAGCAGCAUUAUCAUUGUUUCUGUCCUUACAAGCGCACCCAACUCACAACUCACAUAUCGCUAAGAAGGUAGCACGAAGAAAAAGGAUAAUUAAGAUUUUAUUCGCAGUUUUAUUUAUGUUUUACAUGCGUUCGUACAGGAGAAAGGAAUUUAAUAUUGAAUGAAUGUUUGGAAUGAACUUGAUCUUGACUAUUGGACGUUGGAUGGGAGGGCUGACAGACAGUGUGAGAGAGAAUGGAGGAGUUGGGGUAGAUGUGAUAGCUGAUGGGAAUUUAGCCAAAAGAGAGCUUUACAAUAAUGGGGAAGGCACGGACGAUCCAGCCUAACCUCUCUCACUAUGUCUGUCGCUCUCUCUCUCUCUCUCUCACGCUGUCCUAUUAGAUUGAACAGCGGGGAUAAGGCCUAAGCCAUAAUCCAACCCACACAUCCACUCGUAUGUACGUAUGUAUGUACAUAUGUAUGAAAUAUGUAUGUACAUAUGUAUUUACACUAACAUCAUGCUGAGGUUUGGGCAAACUCUCCGUACAUUUUGGAGUAGCAGUUAGAGCUAGAAUUAAGCCAAAUGGAAGAAAGUAAACUAUAGGCAGAAUACUAAAACAACUUAAAUGAAAUAUAUGUAACUUAUGUAAUUUGCACACAAAUUGUACGCACAUGCCAGAGGAAUAGAGAGGGAGAAGGCGUUGUCCACUUUUGGGCCAAAACCAUUUAGAAAUUAUUUGUGUAAUGUAACUAAAUCAGAAUUAAAUGUUAAUUAUAAUGGAUUCCCAUCUGUAGUGGUGUCAACUGUAUGUUUGUAAAUGGUGUCUAAAACUUAAACAAUGAAAGUAAUGAAUAAACCUAUGGAUAUACCAA